AUGUGGCCUAAGGUGGGCAGCCGCGGGUUCGUCCUCUGCUUGUUCUUUGUCCUCGCUCUGACGGACCCUCCACGAACAGGUGAAAACGCAAGAGUUGAGAAACAGCCUCCAGAGUGGAACAGAACAGCUGCUGCGGCGGGGGCUGUUUUACAGACGUUUGAAGAAAAAGAGCAGCGGUGUCCUGAACAGUUCGCGUGCCGCAGUGGGAAGCUACAGUGUAUUCCUCUGUCGUGGCAGUGCGACGGCUGGACGGCCUGCGAGGACAAGAGCGAUGAGGCCGACUGUCCCCCUGUGGCGGAGGAGAGAUAUCGUUUUGGAAACGGCUUUGAUCAGGUGGAGGAUGUCAUCGGCGUGGCUCAGCCGGUCCGCUUCAACAAAAAGUGUCCGAGCGGCUGGCACCAUUAUGAGAAGACGGCGAGCUGCUACAGAGUGUACCUGAGGAAGGAGGACUACUGGGCGGCGGUGGACACAUGUCAGAAGGUCAACGGCUCGCUCGCCACGUUCGUGACCAACGAGGAGCUGCAGUUCAUCCUGAAGAUCGAGGUGGACUUCGACGACAACGUGUGCGAGCGCCGCGACCAGUGCAAGUUCUGGGUGGGAUACCAGUACGUGAUCACCAACCAGAACCACUCUCUGCAGGGCCGCUGGGAGGUGGCCUACAAAGGAGCCAUGCAGGUCUUCCUUCCUCCCGAGGGCCUGGCUUCCAUCGGAGACUCGGCUCCUUCUCAGGACAACGUGUUCUGUGCUCAGUUGCAGCGGUUUCAGAUCAAAAGCAUGAACGAGCGCGGCCUGCACAGCUGGCAUGCCGAGAACUGCGACAGGAAGUUCCCCUUUCUCUGCAAAAGACGGCAGACGUGUGUGGACAUCAAAGACAACGUGGUGAACGAGGGUUUCUACUUCACCCCCAAAGGCGACGACCCGUGUCUGAGCUGCACGUGUCACGACGGCGAGCCCGAGAUGUGUGUGGCGGCGCUGUGCGAGCGUCCACAGGGCUGCGUGCACUUCAGGAAGGACCCCAAAGAGUGCUGCAAGUUCACCUGCCUGGACCCAGAUGGGAGCAGUCUUUUUGACUCCAUGGCCAGUGGGAUGCGUCUGAUCGUCAGCUGCAUCUCCUCGUUCCUGAUCCUGUCUCUGCUGCUCUUCAUGGUCCACCGUCUGCGCCAGAGACGACGAGAGCGAAUCGAGACUCUGAUCGGGGGAAACUUGCACCACUUUAACCUGGGCAGACGAGUCCCGGGCUUCGACUAUGGUCCGGACCUGUUUGGGACCGGCCUGACGCCUUUGCACCUGUCUGACGACGGAGAGGGAGGGGCCUUCCACUUCCACGACCCUCCCCCACCGUACGCCGCCUACAAAUACCCCAACCUCCCCCACCCAGACGACCCGCCUCCCCCCUACGAGGCUUCCAUCCACCCGGACGGCCUGCUCUACGUGGAUCUGGGCCGGGCUGGCGUGGCGAUGGUCCCAGGCCAGGUCCAGAUGCCCGGUGGUCUCGCAGACGGGCGCCAGGCGGACGUCCCGAACCCUCACGGCUAUGUUGCCGUGGCGCCGCCUCAGGAGCGAGAGGACUCCAUAGACAGCAGCACCCUCCUGGUCGGGCCUGACUCCCCCGCCGAGACCCUGCCGCCCGGCCCUCUCUCCUCCCUCUCGCCCGACCUCAGCACGGCCGUAUAG